AUGCUACACACCUACUAUUUGGAACGCUACUGCAUAUUGGCUUCUCAAUUGCCGCCAGGAUCUGUUCUCACAGAAUUAAUUGAUCUCUACUUCUCCGACGCUGAUUGGUAUUUCAUGUCUCUGGACCGCUAUUAUUUUGAAGAUUUGCUCAGAUCGUGGACAAGAGUGAGCGAGGUGGUCAUUCUGCAUCGAAAUCUGAAGCAACUUUCUCGCGAGUCACAAUAUUUCCCAGCCUUGCUCUUCCAAUUCCUCGCAGUUGCUCUCCAACUCCUCCCGCUCAACACCAAGGCAGCUCUAGCUCUCCAGGUAAGCAGCUUCACCGAAAUCGACAAGUUGUCCGAGAGCUACAGUAAAGCUGGGCUUGAGAUAAUAGGACUGCUUGGACGGCAACAGCCGACUAUUACCUCUGUUGAACAUGAUAUAAUGCGCCUGACGUGGCUGAAGAACUGCAGCCGCGGAAGCGAGGCAUGGCAUUUUUUAAGCCAUUCUAUCCGACAGGCGCAGCUCCUAGGUCUUCAUCUUGAGCCCGAGGUGAAACAAGAACCUGAAGAAAGUGUGGAGUCUGCCCUUGCACGCUUGUGGUACGCGGAGCACAAGCGGAAAGUUUGGGCCAGAGUCUUCAUGCUUGAUGGGUUUAUGGCCUUCACUCUUGGAAGACCACGCCAAAUUAACAAAGACGACUGUUCUGUGGCUCUGCCUUUGGCUCGAGACUUGCCAGACAACCCUUUGAAAACCGUGUUCCUUCCGACGACGCCAAGUGAAGAGCCGUCCACGACCACCUUCAUCAUAUUCCUUUGCGGCAUAGCCACCAAAAUCCAUGAAUUGCUCUCCUCAGGAGCCGGCAAAUCUCACACUCAAGACUACGACAAAGUUACGGCCUUACACAAAAGCAUUCUUGCAUUGCAGGGUGACCUUCACCCAGCGUUCCGCCCUCAGAACCCGGAUACAUCAUGGGACACGCGGAGCCCGCAGUUCCCCAAGGUACGGCAGCAGAUGAUCACCACCGCAAAUUCAUUCUUAAUGAAUCUACACCGACCGCAUGUUAGAGACCACCCAGCAAGUCGACAAGAGGCAAUCGAGGCCGCCCUCCGAGUCCUGGAGGCCCAACAAGCCAUGUUCGACUUGGUGAGCGAGAAUCAACACAGGAUCUAUGGGUUUUCCUUCUAUACCAUUGACGCCGCGGUUUUACUCUCAGCACUGGUCAUCGACCAGCCGCCGGAGUCGAACGUCAUGUUCGACCGGAUUAAGACGUCGCUGGAGCAGGCUGUAUCGCGCCUUGAGGCUUUAGGUACGAGGAUGGCGAUCGCAAAAACCGGAGAGAUGCUUCUGAAACAAUGUCUCUCGAAGAUUCAACCGCCUGCGCCUUGUUCCGUCCUCGGCAUCUCCAGCAGUAGGGGUGAAUCUACCGCCGGCACCUCGCCACUCAUACCCACGACUUCCCUGUCCCUACAGCCACGAGUAGCAUCCGUGCCACCCCAGCUUUCUCGUCCAAUCUCAUCUUACCAAUCCUCCCAAUACACUUUCAAUUUCCACAACCCACAGUUCUCUGACCUGCAAUCAAUGCCCAGCCCCUUAGACUCAGCCAACUUCUACAACUACCUCGGCGGCACUUAUGGCUUCGCUUGGCCUGGAGUGAAUAUGAACACAAAUACGAACAUCAAUGCUGAUGUCGGUGGCCCGGCCGUGGGGGGGUAUCAGGACGAUACCACCGAAGUUAAUGUGGAUGGCACGGACAUCUUCUCGUACGAUUUUGACGGGAACCCAUAUUUCUUCUUCGGCGCCACACUGCUGGAUCAGGCUGCUUCGAGUGGUGGCGGGACGUGGCAAUGA